AUGGCGCUCUCCGACCGCUCCCGCGAGUCGCUCCUCCCGAGCUUCCUCUACUCCUCCUCGGCGCGCUCCUUCGCCGCCACAGGCGCCGCCGCGCGCCUCCCUGUCUCCUCCCCGGCGCCUGCCGCGGCUGGAGCAGGAGGCCGCGUGCCGUUCUCGAUCCAGGCGCCCAACGAGAAGAUCGAGAUGUACUCGCCGGCCUUCUACGCCGCCUGCACCGCCGGAGGAAUCGCCAGCUGCGGGCUCACCCACACGGCCGUCACGCCGCUCGACCUCGUCAAGUGCAACAUGCAGGUGAGCGGGUGGCAGCCUAGAUCUGUCGCCCCGGUGCUCCACGGGAUCCAUUUUGGUGAAACCUCGCGCGGAUCUGGUGGUGUUUGCGCUCAGGGGGCUUGCAAGUUUGGCUUCUAUGAGUUCUUUAAGAAGUAUUACUCGGACAUUGCAGGGCCUGAGUAUGCCCAUAAGUACAAGACUCUAAUCUACCUUGCAGGAUCCGCAUCUGCUGAGGUAAUUGCUGAUGUGGCUCUCUGCCCUUUUGAAGCUGUGAAGGUACGUGUGCAGACACAACCUGGAUUUGCUCGUGGGUUGAGUGAUGGGCUCCCCAAAUUUGUCCGAUCUGAGGGUGCUCUUGGGCUCUACAAGGGAAUUGUUCCUCUCUGGGGUCGUCAGAUUCCUUAUACCAUGAUGAAGUUUGCUUCCUUUGAGACCAUCGUUGAGCUUAUCUACAAGCAUGCUGUGCCUGUUCCGAAGUCCGAGUGCAGCAAGACUACCCAGUUGGGUAUUAGCUUUGCUGGCGGUUACAUUGCUGGUGUCUUCUGUGCUAUUGUGUCUCACCCGGCUGACAACCUCGUGUCUUUCCUGAACAAUGCCAAGGGUGCUACAGUGGGCGAUGCUGUUAAGAAGCUUGGUCUCUGGGGUCUUUUCACAAGAGGACUUCCUCUUCGUAUCGUCAUGAUUGGUACCCUUACUGGUGCUCAGUGGGGAAUUUACGAUGCUUUCAAAGUGAUGGUUGGACUCCCAACAACGGGAGGUGUUACACCUGCCCCAGCAGCAGAGGCUGAAUCAAAAGCCAUUGCCUGA